AUGGCAGAGCCAGAAGACACCUUGAAGAGUUCCGCCCCAGCCCCAGCUGAUAACCGCAGAGGGCGGGUCCAUUCCCUGUUUACAGACCCGGCACUUCAGAAGAAUACCCUAGCUGUCCCGGAGGUCCCGCACACAAGGGCGUUGGAUACGAAAGUGAUGGAAACGAGAGCAUCAGAGUCUUCUGUCAUUCGUAACGCCCAGGAAGCCGACAGGUUUACCAUUAGCCCGGACAAAGAGAAGGCCACCACUGGGCAUCGGCUGCUGAAUAUGCUGAGAAAAACUCUUCAGGGGUCUGAGAGUGAAGAACUGGAAAUAGCACCAUCUGCGCUACCAUCUUUGGUGCCAUUUGGGGAUGUGGUUGGCUGCCUGGCUAUUCACAUAAAGAACUGCAGAAAUUUUGUGCAGAGACCCAGUUCACAACAUUUCAUUGAUUUGUUCAUUCGCAUCUCUGUAAACAACAUUGUGAAAUCUACAAAACGUCGUACCUUGCUUUCAAGAGACAGUGAAAAGAGUACUGUAAUUAAGUUUGAUGAAAUUAAGUAUUUUUCCGUGCAGGUUCCCCGACGUCAAGAUGAUACGCGGAAUAAUAUUACCUUGGAAGUAAUGCAACGUAGCAAUACAGAAACUAAUCCUGUCUUAUUAGGGAGUGCUGAGGUACAUCUUUAUGAAGUAAUUCAGAAAGGGUGCUUUACUGAAGAAUUACAGAUAAUGAAUAAAAAUACAUGUAUCUGCAGGUUGGAAGUGGAAUUUAUGUUCUCCUAUGGAAAUUUUGGUUAUGGAUUUUCACAUCAGUUAAAACCUCUUCAAAAAAUUAUUGAACCAUCUAUGUUUAUGAAUGUUGCACCACCUCCGGAAAGACGAGAUCCCAUGACAAAUGUUAUAAUACCACGGCCAGUAGAAUAUCCAGCAUUUUUAUCCCCAGACCUGAAUGUUACUGUUGGGGUUCCACCUGUUUCUAAGGAGUCCCACCAGAAACCUGCUGUGCGACUUGAAAAACUUGAGCAACAACCCGGGGAAAGGCUGGAAAGAAUGAAAAAGGAAUAUAGAAAUCUGGGUACAUGGAAAGAAAAAGUUGACUAUUUAGAAAACCUUCUGAACCCAAAAUUGGAACCUAAAGAAUCUGAGGAAAGUAAUUUUGAUGAAGAUCUUGAAAGUCAGAGUAAUGAUUUAGAUGAAGAGAAGCCUGAAAAUAUCACAUUAGAUACCCCUGACAAUGAACCUGAAAUUACUCCAAGUGAGUCGCUGGGUGAUGAUAACAAAGAAGGCCUGCCCACAUCAACUUUGAGCCAACUGUACCAACCUAAUUCAAUUCCUACUACUCCUGAGAGUGUUACUUCAACACCUCCAUCCUCAGACACUCUACUGCCCUCUAUUCUUCGGCAGGAAAAAUACGUAGAAAACAAAAUACGGUCUUCCAAUGAAGGCCAAUCAGAAGUCAAGCCAGAGGAAAGAAAGAGAAGUAUACCACUCAUACCAGAAGUAAAAUCAGAUGAUAGACAUCGAAGCAUUUUGAAAACAAUUUCAUCUCUAUCAGAGGUGGCUUUUUCAUCAAAAGAACACUUUCCAUCAUAUUUCAGAUCAGAAUAUAUAGAGUUGAAACCAAAAUAUCAAUUUCAGAAAGACAAGAAGAGUGGUUUUGAUCCUUUUCUAAGGAACAUAAACAACAAGAUGUCAGUCAGGAAAAGGAAAGACCAAGAUAUUUACCAGUGUAAAAAUACUUUAAGUUCAGAGGUUAUAGAGCAUGAAGACCAAGAUCCUCCUCACCCAACACGUUCAAAACUUGUAGGAUAUAGCUGUGUAUCCCGGGCCCAUUGUGAUCCUACUAUCAAUACAAUGAAAACUUUGGACCCUAAGAGUAAGUCAGCCCAUGAUCCUGCUAUCAAUACAAUGAAGAAUUUAGACUCUAAUAAUAAGUUAAAGGAAAGACUACCAAAUUUACCAUGCUUCAGAGAACCAUCAAAGACUGGAAACAUAAGUACCCUUCACCUCUCAAAGUCAGUAAGUCUUAACCCCCAUAUAGAAAAUUUAAAACAAUCAAUGGUGCUCAAGUCCAUUUUAAGUAAAAAUCUGCAAGAUCUUUCUGAUAAGUUAUUUUCUAAACCAGAAGUUUGUCAGAACACUGAAGCAAAGAAGAAAACUAGUUCUCCAUCUCUGUGUAUUCAGGACAAACCAGCAAAUUGUUUGGAAAACAAAGUAUUGGAAACAAUUCAAGAUUUAAACAGCCGACUUUCGGAAAAAAACAUUUCAGAUUCAAAGUGUCUUUUAGCUCAAGUAAUUAAAAACAUCACCUCAGACUUACUUUCAGAAUGUAAAUCGGGAAAAUCUCCAAAUGUAGACAAAGUUGUCUCUGAGGCUGAUCGAAUAGAUUUUCCGAUGAAAAAAAAGAGUAGUUUCAAAAAGAAACAUUUAACAAGUGAGGUAUCUAGCCCCGUGUCAGGUUUCAGCGGAAGUAUACAUGACUAUAUUAUAAAGCAAAUAUUCACUGCACCUAUUUUCUCACAGUUGGAGAAAAGCAUGAAAGAACUGAGCGAGACAGAGAUGAACCUGCAGGAUCAGUUACGCAAAUCUUGGGAGACACGGUUAUCUUCCAGUAUUCUAGUUAACUAUGGAGAUAAGGAUGAUGAAAUACAAUUGCCACAGUCCAAAUCUGUGAUAAGUGAGAUAAUACAAGCAUUUCCUGUAGAUACUCUUUUAGAAUCUGGGCUAAUAAAAGUGAUGGAACUAGAUAGAGAACACCAGAUGAGCACUUUGGUGAAUACAGAGGAAGCCUCUUCUGAAGAAAUCCCCAGGGAUUCCACACAUGAUCCAGAAAUCAAAAGAAAGACACAAUUUCUUUCAAGACCCAGUGUUCCCAAAGAAUCCACUUCUGGGCGUAGAGUUGAAUUUAUAGAAGACAGCCAAAACAUGUUCCUAAGAGAUUCAAAAUAUCAUUCAACACCAGAUACAGUAACAGAUUCGUCAAGUCAGAGACUUGAUGGAGAAGAAAGUGACCUAAUGUUUAUUUUAGAAAGUUUUGGUAGCUCAUUAAUGGAUAAACUUCAUGAGUCUGAUACACCAAUGUUAAAAUCCUUUUUAAAAAACAUAUUUAAUGCUUUUUUCAACUAUAGUCAACCUGAAAAAAGACAACAACCAGAAAAGGAAUUAGAAAGUCUAAUUCAACAUACUUUUUCAAUUGACACAGAACACUCUGAAGAAAUUCAAGGGAAUUCGAAUAAAGCAGACAGAUUAGACAGAAAACCUGUUUUGAGUCCAAAGCUACGUGUGUUUCUAGAAGAACUCUCAGAGUCAGAAGUUAAAAAUUUAAAAUCUGAGUUGAGUAAACAUAUCCAGCAUUAUCUUGUAGAAAGACUCUCAGAAUCAGGACAUAUCACCAAGGAGGAUUUACCAAAAAUCUACCAAAAUCUGUAUCUUAUGAAUGAGAAAGAACUGAAAGAACAGAAUGCUUUUCCAGGGAAAUAUUCAGAAACUGUUAAAGAAAUCAUGUCUUUUGUAAAUAAAUUUAAUCAUCAAUUCAUAGAUAAACAUUUAGAAAUAAAGCUAAGAUCUUUUUUAAAUGAAAUUCUCCAAAACUAUUUCCUUUCAAACCUUUCAGAGAGCAGUUUAUUUAAUGAGACAGAAUCCAUGACUAUCCACUCAAACAUGGCUUCUGUAAGAACCCAAAGUGCCUCAUUAUCUCCUCAUGAUAUUUCAGGCGGGAGUUUUGGUGGAAAGCUUGAAAUAAACAUGAAAUAUCCUUUAAGCAAAUCUUUACAAAACUUCCUUAAAGCUUUAUCAGAAAAUGAAUUAUUAAAUUUAAAAGCCGAUUUGAGCAAACAGCUCCAGAGACUUUUUAUAGAAAAGCUUUCAAAAUUAGGACUAGUGACAGAGAGGCAAUUAGAGGGGAUCAACCAGCAUAUAAGCUUGUAUAAUUCUAGUUCGAUACCAUUAAAAUAUAUAAAAACAGAUUUGCCUUUCAGAGAUGAAAAUUACUUUCUGGGAGAACAUUCAGAAAAGCAAAGUAAAUAUUCAAAACUUGGUCAAAGCACUUUACCAAAAGUUUCUGAGGAGAAACGUAUAGGAUUAGAAUUGGUCAGAAAGGAAGAAAAGGACUAUUUUUCCUUGAACAAUUUAAAAGAGAAUCCACCAACAAUUAGGGAACAGAAAAAUUAUUGCCCCGGAGAAGGCUUUAAAGCAGUAAGUUUAAGAAAAGAACCACCUUCCAACAAAAACGUCCAGGCUGUUCCAUUAAAUAAGUCAUCAGACAGACCUACAGAUAUAUUGCUUAAGAAACACAAGAAAGAACAUGGUUUCAUGCAGUUUCCUCGAGCAGAAAAUUCUGUUUAUAAAACAGAGAUGCAAGAACCAUACAGUCGGGAUGGCAAAUCAAAAAUGGUUCCAUCAAAAGUUUGCUGUGAAAGGACAUUGAAAGUGAAGCCCUUUGAUAAAAAGGAGAACAUUAACGUUUGCAAAUUGUCUGCUCAGGAAAAAACGGAAACAGUACUUCUGUCAUAUCCAAGAAUUCCUAAUUGCAAAAUACCAAGGGAAGAGGAAGAAUAUUUAAAUAGAUUCACUCCCCCUUUGUGGCAGAAUAACUUUUUAGCUCAUUUCAAUUCAGAGAUUGAAGAACAAUCAAAGUUAGACCUAUACUGUGAGAGAUUUAAAGGAAACAAUAACAAUAAUAAAAAACAUUUAGUAACAUAUGCACAAUAUGAAAGAGAACUUCAAAAUCUUUAUAUAAACCCAAGUGAAAUUUGCAUUGAAAAAUAUGCCAAGGUCCCCAAACCACAAUCCUUUAAGUAUAAAGAAAAUAAGAAAAACUCAAAACCAUCCUUCUUCCCAGAAGUAUUGAAGAGAGAAAACAUAAAACCCAAGGUUCGGAAAGAAAGAGAUUAUGCCACCAAACCAAAAAAGUCACUUAACAAGGUAGUUAGGAUCCUACCAACCAUGCUGCCUACCACAAGAAGUCAUCUAAGGAAAUCUGCGCCAAGGACUUUGCUUCACUGGACUGCACGGAGAACUAUACAUGAUUGUUCAGAUAGAUUUGAGGAUCUACAUGUGCCCUCAGUGCAGCAUCUUAAUAGAACAAAAUCAAGAGCAAGACUUGUAGCAAAGAGCCCAGAUGAUAGCUGCAAUCAGGCAAAACACGCUGCAAGGCCAUAUACUGCUCCAGAGCCUAACAAACGACGAGAAUACUACACGGGAAAAUUCGCAAGUCCUCGAAUGGUUUCAUCAGGCUUAGCAAAUACAAAUGAUACAACCCCAGACUAUGAAAUACGUAAAAUGCGAAAAAAAAAGAUUAAAAGAGGAUAUUGA